AUGACCGUAUCCAGAUAUAACCUGGUUGUCGUCCUCACGGUGGCCUUGGGCUCGUUUACCUAUGGGUUUGACUCGGCCAUCAUUGGCUCCGUUUUUGGACUCCCUUCGUUCUUCUCCUAUUUUGGUCUGACGUUGAAUGGAUCAAGCUCGGCUUCCAUCAUUGGCGCGGCGAAUGGACUUUUUGCCGGGGGCGGGAUGAUUGGGGCCGCCUUUAAUGGCUGGCUGGCUGACCGUCUGGGUCGAGUCAAGGCGAUUCAAAUCCCGUGUGUGCUGGGAGUGAUUGCGGCCGCCAUAAUGGGGGCCUCGGUGCACGUUGCGAUGUUCUUGGUGGGCCGGUGCUUGAGUGGAAUCGCGUGUGGCAUGUUUAGUAUUGCAACUCCUCUCUACCAGUCGGAGAUCUCCCCCGCCCACCAGCGAGGGAAGAUGGUUGGCUCGCAUGGAAUACUGGUUGUGACGGGUUAUGCUUUCGCUGCCUGGACGGGAUAUGGGUGUUAUUUCGAGACUCAUUUAGAGGCCCAAUGGCGGCUUUGCCUGUCUCUGCAAGCUGUCGCUCCACUUCUUCUUGUGUUGACUACACCGUGGAUCCCGGAGUCCCCACGAUGGCUCAUCUCCCAGGGUCAGCGGGACCAAGCAUGGUCAACUCUGAACAGACUCCAGCCCGUCACCACGGACCAUGACGGAUCGACUGUAGAGAUAUAUAGGGAGAUCUGUGAGCAGAUCGCCGUUGAGAGCGAGAGCUCCAACAAUGUACUUCAGUCGAUCAAAGAUCCCCAGACGCGGAAGCGCUUGCUCUGUGUCUUCUUCGUGCAGUGCCUUGCUCAGAGCUCCGGCAUACUGGUGAUCAGCAACUAUCAGAUUCUGCUAUGGAACAACCUGGGGCUGUACGGAUCCCUCCCUCUACUCCUCUACUCGGUCUACACCAGUUGGGCCGCCAUCCUGAAUUGGGUAGCCAGCCGGAUGGUCGACCGACUGGGCCGAGUGCGCAUGAUGGUGGUUGGCAUUUGCGGAUGCGUGGUCAUGAUGAGCUGCUACACCGCGAUGGUAGCCCGGUAUAGCAGCACAGAUAACCAAGCGGGCAACGUCAUGGGGAUUGUAUUCCUCUUUCUGCAUGUAACCUUUUACGCCAUCUUCGUGGAUACGGUCAGCUAUGUCUACUGCUCGGAGAUCUUCCCGAUGCAUGAGCGUGCCAAGGGGAUGGCCCUGUCUAUCUUUGGGCUUUUCAUGAUGACAUUGACCGCUGAUGACCUUCCGGUCUAUACCGAGGCGGCAUCGACUGCAUUUGCCCAGGUUGGAUGGAAGUACUAUCUAGUCUUUAUCAUAGUGCCCGCUUCAGGGGUGCCCGUUUUGGCUCGUCUGCCGGAAACCAAGGGGCUGACUCUGGAAGAAAGUGCCACCCUUUUUGGUAUCCCAACCCCUCCCCUGGGUGAUAUGGAGAAGGCUCAGGUCGAGCACAUCGAGGGCACUACUUCGGGAGAAGAUGUCCCGGAGACUAUGACUAUUAGGCAUUGA